AUGGGGAAACGUGUUAAGCUUCCGGCCAGCAAUGAAGCAGAAAUCCCGAAAAUUGUUGACCAGUUGUGCACACCCGACAAAAGCAGGUCAGGUAGGCGACAUCGCUCAGUACGCGGAUUCGUUAUGAUGUGCUUCUCGAAAGGUCUUGGUGCACCGGUCGGUUCAAUACUUGUUGGAUCAAAAACGUUCAUCGACAAGGCUAGGCGAAGUCGGAAGGCAGUGGGUGGUGGAUGGCGACAAGCUGGUGUACUAGCGGCUGCAGCACAUAGCACAUAUUGCUUCUGGACAAAGCAGAGGAUACCAUAA